UCUAAACAAAUUUGUUCUUUCAAAAUAAUCAGGUUAAUGUAAAAGUUUAAGAUUCAACAAAUUUACAGUAAAUAUAAUUUCUCUUUAUUUUUUAUGAUAAUCCUAUCUAACUAUAUUUUGCAAAUACCUUUCUAGAAUGCCAUGAUGCAAUAAACCCCAUAUGAAUACUUCACUCGAUAUUCUUUAGAAGAAAUAGGUUCAUACUAUCAAAAUACUUUAUCACUAAAUUGAUGGGCAAAAAAUGUUAAAAAGUGUAAAAUAAAUUGUUUGUCGUUUAAAUUUUUUUCCAACUGAUAAAUCAGUAUGUACCUAAUUGUAAGAUUAUACCAUGGAUUUGAAAUUUGUCGCCUUCAUGAUAACAAAAGUAAUUAUUUUGGCGUUCGAUUAUAACGCAAAGUUUUUGAUAAUUACUCUACACCGUUCGUCCGCGAAUAUCUGCAUUAUAAAUAAUCGUAAUUAACCAUUCCGCGUUUAAAUACAAAUUUGUUUCUACCUAACUCAAGCACCUCUUUUUUUCAAUUAUGUAGACGUGCGUGUCGUAAAAAUGUUUUCUGUUAAAUGAUAAAAUGUAUAAAUAAUCAUGUUUCGACUCAUGUACAGGAUGCCCAAAAAGACUAACCAGUUGCAGCAGUAAGUCCAGUCAAGUCACGUUUUUUUGUUAUAAAAUUUUAGUUCUUUUUUCCCUUGAUCACUCACUGAAGCUAGAGUCGGCAUAUUGUAAAAACUAAAAAAGAAGUACCACAAUUGUUAUUGUUUUAAUUUAACAGUACUCUUUACUAAAAAAAAAAACAAAAACCCGCAAAUCAAAAGGUUGAAGUUUUUACUGAUGUUGAGGUCAUGCGUACGUUGUUGUUUUGAGAGAAUUUUAGUAGAUUUACUACCGGUCCAAGUAUUGCGGAAGGUUUCCUGUACAUCCAGUACAAUUAAAAAUUCAAUUGCUAAAAACUGUUUAUUUUUUGCUAGGCACGUAUUGUUAUUCCUAGAUUAGAAAAAGUAAAUUUCGCAGCAUUGAUUUGUAUAUCAAUGUUAAAGCACCUUUUUGAGAACAAUAGAAUUUUUGUCGAUAAUACGAAAACUUAAUGCAUUGUAACGCUAUAAAUACGAUAUUAGCUUUUAACUGUGUUAUUUAAAGAAUGAAUUUAACGAAUCUAUCACAACUAGCAAGUGCAAAGCUUAAUUGGUGUGCAAUUAAUAAGUGCCUUUAAACACACUUCGUUUCUCAUUCUGCUGCAAAUGUUCAGAAGACGUGAUAGUGAAACUUUGUCAUACGACAUUAACUACCAAAAGAUGCACAACCUUUGUUAUCACGAUUUUACCGUUGACUAUUCAAAACAGAGUGAUUUUGAAAAUGAUCAGUUUGUAUUGUCCAGAAAUUUGAUUUUUGAUUUAACACAUUUAAAAGUGGUGCUUGAGUGUCUGUCUAAACUCCAUUUGACGAACAUUAAGAAUAAAAUUCAGCAUAAUAUUAACGGGAACCGAGAAGUACCAGAUGAAUUAAAUGAUAGAAAUAACGAAGAAUCUCUUUUGGAUAUUGAAGAAUUACGGAUAAAUCUCUGGCAUGAUACUAAACAAAAACAGCUACUCAGCUUGAUUGAUGAAUUGCAUGAAUUCAGUUCUACAAAGGAAUUUUUUAAAAACCAACUCAAUGAGUUAAUGGAAAAUGAGAUAAAAACUAAAAACGAUGGGGUAAUUUGUAAUGAAAAUUUGAAAUUGGAUAAUAUUUUAUUUAAAUAUGAAAAUGGAACACCUGUAGAGUGUAAAUUAAAAACGUUCAGAUCAGUUGCUUGUACACCUUCAGUUUGUAAUGUAUUGACUCUGAUAUAUUCUACAACAGAACGCAUUUGGAGAAGUAAACACCUUUAUGAACUCUUGGAAUAUUAUUAUAAUUGUCUAAAAACGCAAUGUAAAACACAGAAAAUUAUUUUGAAUGAACUGCUUCCCCUUGAUCAAUUUGAAAAAGAAAUUUACAACUAUUUACCAAAAGUAAAACUUAUAUCAGCUUUUCUUAAAAUUCAAAACAUUGAAAGCAUCCAUUCAUCCCUAGUCUCCAAUUCAGCAGAUAAUCAUAUUAACAACCUAAUAAAACUGAACGUUGAAUAUAAAAAUCAAAUUUUGGAUUCCUUAUCAGACCUACAAGAAUAUAUUUUAUACAAGCCGCUACGAUUAACUGUCGAAGAUAUGUAUGAAAUUAUGAAAAAGAAACUUGGCACAACUCAAUUUAAAAUUGAAAAUUUUAAUUCAGUUUCCAUUGGGAAGUCGAAAGGAUUUCUGGGGGACCAUAACAAGUUACUAGUUCACAUCCGUACAGAUGAAAAUAAUGAAAUUAAGGUUGUUAAUCUAUUCGUAAAAUUAUAUCCUGAAAAAUGUGCUUUCGUUGAUGUUUUGGUGGAUUCUAACGUAUUUUUUAAAGAAAUAUUUACGUAUACAACUUGCGUUAAAGGUAUGAAAAAACAUGGAAUAAAUGUCAUCGAUGAUUGUUUUGCACCUUGUUAUUUUACAAGACCUGAUCAUUGCUUAGUGUUUGAAGAUUUGGUAACUCAUGGUUUUAUUAUUCCUGAUCAAAGAAAAUAUUUUACGCCACAAGAAAUAAAAACCGUAUUGCAAACUCUGGCAAAGUUUCACGCAGCCGGUAUAUUAUACGAGGAAAAAUUAUCUGAAAAAUGCGAAACUAAAGUGUGUUUGAAAGAUAAAUAUCCCGUUGGUUUAUGCGAAGCUUUCUAUAGCAAUAAUAAUGAAAAACCUUUCAUUAAAUAUCUGCUUUGUGGUAGAAAUGUCUUGUUACAUUUAAUAGAUAAAUUCUACCCUUCUGGUGAUAAUGAAGGGUUUAAAAACUUUUGUCUUUCUUUAGUGCAAAAGUCUGUUGCGAAAGUAACACCUUCAACAAAGUUUCGAAAUACAAUUUGUCACGGUGACCUUUGGCCCACUAAUUUUUUUAUCAAGUACGUUGAUGAUAAUCCAGUCGAUUGUCGUUUAAUCGAUAUGCAAAUUGUUCGGUAUUGUCCCCCUGCUCAUGAUGUUAUUUUCGUGAUUUUUUAUUGUACCAACAAAGCGACAAGAGAAAAACACUUAAAAGAUUUUCUUACUCACUAUUACAGCGUUAUGAAAAACACACUAGAAAUUUAUGGCCAUGAUCCAGAGUCAAUUUAUUCAUUUGAGGAAUUGAUUGAAACAUGCGAUGAUGUGUUAUUGCAAGCUGUUUUUCAAUCAUCGGUUUGGUAUCAGCUAAGUCAGCUGUCUGCUGAAGCUAUCGAAGAAAUAAAUUCGGUUAAAACAAAUAUGUCUGAUAUUCUAUAUAACGAUAGAAGGAGCUUCUGUGAAAGUAUUUGCGAUCGUGAUCCAAAUUAUAGAAGGCGAAUGGAAGAAGUUAUUCAAACAUUAAAAAAUAUUUAUGAAGAAGGCGAAAACAGAAUAAUUUCAGAAAUGGUGUAUUCUAAGUAAAUUAGAGGCAACACUGAAGAUAGUAUCAGCCGACAGAGUUUUAAUACUAGGGCAAUCAAAAGAUUAUGGGAUUUGUAAACACAAAAAGAAUAACGGUG